GGGAGGCGCUGCGGGCUCUGUGCGCGUCGGCGGCCGCGGCGCUCGGUCCGCGCCGGGACGCGCUCGGUGCGGCCGCGGUUCUGUGAGAUCCCCUCCUUCCUGUGCCCAAAUCCCUUCGUCUGGAGCGUCAGCAGCGUGUGGAGCCUGCCCCACACACCCAUCCCCUGCCAAACCACGGCCUUUACCUGCGUGUUCCGGUGUUUCCCGUGCGACCCGUCCUGCGGGAGCGCCUCCUGGGCCACCCCCGACUUCAGCCAGCGCUCCGUGGCUCCAAUGGUGAAGAUGACAAGGUCCAAGACUUUCCAGGCAUAUCUGCCUUCGUGCCACAGGACCUACAGCUGCAUUCACUGCAGGGCUCACCUGGCCAACCACGAUGAGCUCAUCUCCAAGUCCUUCCAGGGCAGCCAAGGACGAGCAUACCUCUUCAACUCCGUAGUGAACGUGGGCUGUGGCCCUGCAGAGGAGCGGGUGUUAUUAACAGGACUGCACGCCGUGGCAGAUAUUUACUGUGAAAACUGCAAAACCACGCUGGGCUGGAAAUAUGAACACGCUUUUGAAAGCAGCCAGAAGUAUAAAGAAGGCAAAUACAUCAUUGAACUAGCUCACAUGAUCAAGGACAACGGCUGGGAUUGAGGGGUGGAGGGGAGCCCAGCCCCAGCAGCGUGCGAGCGAUGCCAUCCAACCGAACAUUGUACCCGAGAGUGAGAGAGUGACUGAACGCUUGGUUCCAUGCAUUUAGAGGCUCUGCAACCCGGGAGCAUCUUCACACCCUUCUCCAUCUUUAUUGGUGACUGGCCUCUAAAUUUCUGUCUCUCUGUCUCUUCGCUUUGUAUCUGUUUGUGAGUUGACCCUGGCUGCUUCUCUCUCUGUUCUGGCGUUGGCUCAGAGAAUGCACCGAAUGCCCGACAGCCAUUCCACGUGCCCAGUGCUGGAUCCAGCCUGACCUGGGCUCUCCUGGCACCUCCCAGGUGUGGGAGGAACACCCCGAGGUUUGGGCAGAAGGUGGGAGAGGGGUGGGGGAGCGGGGCCCGCGUGGGAACCGUCGGAGGGUGAUGCUGUGCUUCUCCUUUCAGUCCUGGCUAAGCAAGGCUUGAAACCAUCUCCUUGUCUAAAUGGACAGAGAAAUGCCUACUUGUCUAAAUGGAUAGAGAAACAUCUCCUUGUCUAAAUGGAUAGAGAAACACCUGCUUGUCUGAGAAGGACAGAGGAAUAUCUCCUUGUCUAAAAGGACAGAAAUUACCUCACGGCUGCGUUUCCUCUCCAAAUCCCGAAUCCAUCGGCGGAGCCUCAGCCCGAGCCAGCUGAGCCCGAGGCAGAACCAGUUCCCCCCACAGUCUGUGUUUUGUUUGCUGUUUAUGAGCUCGUUGUUGGAGGGGGCAGGACCUGGAGGCUGGAGGGAUUCCCUGCCUCUCCUCUGUGCUCCAGGGUAGGGAGGCCGAAGGUCCCAGCGGAGCACGGCUGGAGAAACCAAAGCCUGACUCGUGAGCCCUGCAGAGAGCAGAGAAAACCACCCCAGGCACGAGGAGGCUGGAGCUGCAGCCUGGAAGAUGUGGCAGGGUGGAAAAAGGCACGUGCGAGGCAAGGAGGGGGAGAUUCCACAGAGGAGGAUGGGGACAAACAGUGACAGAGGGCACCCCUGGAUUUCCUGGCCUCCCCAAGCACCCUUGGCGGUGUUUUCCCAAUCUUUCACAAGUGCAAGGAGGAAAAUGUUGUUACAGAACCUUUUCCUUGAAUGCCAGGCUCCAUGGGGGGAGCCUGGCACAGAAAUGGGGUGAGGGGGGAGCCGAGUUCUGGCGGUUGUGUUGCACAGGGGAUAUUUCAAGCCCUGAGGUAUCCUCCCCAAAUCACCCCCCCCUUUUCCCAUUCCCAGAAGCCCGUUGCAGGCACGGGGAGAAUGGGAAAGAAAAAAAGAAAUGAAACAUCUUCCCACCACCCCUGGAAUGAUCUAUGCCUUGAGGGGUGGAUGUGGGUGUCAAAACUGCAAGGGACAAGGAGUCCUUCCCAUUUUAAUUUUUCCCUGGUGAUUCCUGAGCACCUUCCCGAGGGGGGUGGUGGGGAAGGGGAGUUGUGUGUGGCAGGGGAGCUGUGUUAGGCCAAAAUAAAAUGAGGAGUUUGCUCUGCAGCAGCCCAGCCAUUAUCUGGUGCAUAACCCAGGACUGUUGAGCUGAGUUCUUUUUCUCUCCCCCUGAGUGAAUUUUUCUUUUUGUUGGCAGAAUUCUUGCAAGUAGGUUAAUCCAUGGGGGGAAAUCUUCCUUAAUCCAGAAGGAAAGAGUGUUGUGCAGGGGGUGGUGACUCCUUAUGAAACAGAAGCUUUGGAGCUGUAAUCUGUUGUCACUGGCCCCCACCCCUGAGAGAUUCCAGGGGGCUGUGGAAAAGUCAUUUGAUGUUCAGUUGGCAGGGAAUGGGAACAGAGAUUCUCCUUAAGGAUCAGGGUGGAAUUCAGGGUUGGAUCCUUGUGCUGAAAGCCAAACCUGAUGAAGCAAAGGUUGUUCUUUUUUUUUCUCUCAAAGCUCUGUUCUUGACAACCUUGGAGAAAUGAGGUGGAGUUGGCCGGGCUCCUGCAGGGUUGGAAUUUGUGACUAACCUGUCCAGAGGUGGCUUCUGCCCUCACCCUUCUGCUCUGGCUGUGUAACAAUUGCUUCAGCUUUUGUUUUGGAUUGUCUCUGCUUCUGUCAGCCACAUUCCCUCAGUGACAAAUCCAGUAAAAAUCAAAAAUUCCACAGCACCUGCUGUCUCGUGGACUCUGGCACUGACCUGGUGCCAUUUCCCUGUCCUUUCAUUGAGGAUCCAUGGCAAUUUAUUGGGUUUUCACUAGUGGGAAGUAAUUCAUGUUCUUCAAAGAGCUCUUUAGUCUCCACAGAGCCUUUAAAGGAGCUGGGAGAGGUAAGGGAUCAUCCCAAAUCCUAUGAGGUUGAGAAGAGCACACAAGGCUCAUGGUUUGAUGUUGGCAUUUGGAGUGACUGCUGAUCAAAAAGCAAAAGAAAAGGCAGGGCUGUGCAGAGAACUGCUCUGAGAAAUACCAGCUCCAGAGAGCUGCCAGGUGGAAAUGGUUUUAUCCAUUCAUUUGGGACAAAAAAGGACAAUGCCCCAUCGGACCUGGCUGGUUUUUACUGCUCACAGGUGUUGGGCUUCUAAUGGCAACCAGUCCAAGCUUGAAUAGGGCAAGGUCUUAAUCUGCUUUUAAUUGGUUUUGUCCUGUCAGUCUCUUGCUGAGAGCCAGGCCCUGAGCCCUGAUGGAGCCCAGUGUGUGUGGCUGUGGUGUCCUGCCCAGGUGGGAGAGGAGAACUGUGCUUGUGCAGCUCCUGCGUGUGUCCAGCGAGCAGGAACAGCUUCAUUUGGCUGCUGAUUCCCCCUGGGAGCCGGGGGCUGGCAGGAAUUUGGGAUCUGUGCUGGUGACACAGAGUGACACACUCAGAGAUAACCAAAGAACUUCCCUGCUGAGCUGAGCCAGGUGGGGCCUUUUCCCAGGAGAAAUGGAGAUGUGGCCCAUGGAAGCUGCUUCCUGAGCUCGUGCUGCUGCUUCCCAUGGGCAGCAUCCUCAGGAAAACACGGACAGCAGCGAGUUUUCCUCCUUUUUUUGGUGUCCAGCCUCGUGUCUGGGCAGCUGUGAGCACCCUUGAGAGUUUACAUCCCCCCCUCUACCCCUAAGCUCAGACUUGAGUAAGUUUUAAAUUGUUUUUGCUCUGGUGGAUUGUCUGGUGUGAAAUCCUGACCCUCGUAAGAAAUAUUCAGAUGAUAAUAUAUACAAAGCAGAAAAAAAAUAACCCCCAGACGUUAUCUUGUGAACUAUACUUUUGUAAAUAAUAUUUAAUUUUUUUUAAAGAAAUAAUAUAUUUGGUGCUGUUUUCUCAGAGCCCCUCCCUGAGAGCACUUUUUUUGUUGUCGUCGUUGUUGAUGAUGAUCCCGUUUCCUUCUGUAUUCGUUGGAAAAUAUGUUUAAAGGGAAACAAAAAAAAAAAUCAUAAUUUAUGUUGUCCUCUGAAGUGGAUCCGUGUUUCCUGUGGAUGUGGCAGGAGGGGGACAGCAGCCCCCAGGGGGGAUAUUUGGGCUGGGAGGGGCUGCAGGACUCAGGAGAGCUGCAGUUCCCCUCUGGCUUUCCCUGGAGCCCAGAUCCCCCCUGCUCCCAGAGGAAUCCCCCCGAGCCCAGUGGGGCUCCCACUUUUCCCUGGUUUGUGGAAUCCAGGCCUGGAAUUUUCCCUUGCACCAGGAUUGGCUGGAGUGAAGUAGAUCGGGGGCAGCAGGGAUGGAGGAUGGAGUUUUGAGCCCAAUGUUGAUUUUAACCUAAACCACAAAUCUUUGGAUCUUGGUUUUACUUUUGAGGGGAGUUUUUUUUGUUGUUGUUGUUGUUGUUGUUUCAUUUAUUUUUUUUUUUUAACCAGGCUGCUACGUAACAAAUUAGAGUAAAAGUUUACCUCUCUUGGCAGUGAAUUUCAUUUAUUUUGUUCUCCUUUCUGUCUUUAAUCUCCCCCCUUCUCACCCUCCUUUGUUUUUAUUUCAUUUGGUCUCUUGUUUAUCCCAAAGUGGACCAACAGCACAAACCACUGGACUGUGUUUUGCUGAGCAAGGAGCUGUUCCAGAACUGUUGCAGGCUCUUUAAUCCUCUGGGUUUGGUGCACACGACUUCAAACCACACAGCAACAAAACCAACCGUGUGGAAUAAACCCCGCUGUUCUCGUGAUGAUCAAGUGAGAAUUUCCUCUGUAUGCGUUUUUCUGACUGCUCCGUGAGUGUGUGAAUCAUGCAUUUAUUUCCCUGCACUUCCCUGCUUUGGGAGGAGCUUCCACGUGAAGUUUUGGGAUGAAGAGGGGAUACCAAACACCCAGCUCAGCUCAGUGGGAAGGAGCUCUUCCCACCACGGGAGAGGCCUCAGUGCUCAGAAACAAUCAGGUUAGACAGAGCUUUUCUGCAGAAAUCCUGGUGAAAAAGAGCAAGCAGAAGAGGGGAAAUGAAAUCAUCUUGAAUUCAGAAAAAAAAAAAAAAAAAAUUAAAAAUCAACGUAUUUAAAUGCAAGCAGAAUGGCAUUGUGUAAGGUACAACCACAGAUAAGCUGUUCUCAUCGUUACAACUGUGUGUAUCCUUUGUUUUGUUCUUCCUAAGGAAAUGGGAAUGCUUUCCCCACUGACAAAACUAAGGACAAUAUUUCCAAUACCAGCCUGUCUAUGGAUGCUCUUGUGUUUACAAAUUGUGUAUAUUUUUAUUUCUUUGAUCUUAUUUUAAUUUUUUUUUUUUUUGCAUAUUCUUUCAGGUCAUUUGCUUCAGUCAUAAAUGCAAUUGUUUGUUUUCAAAUAAUUGGUUUUCACCUUUUCAUGUAUUUGUACAUUGUAUAUAGUUCUUCAGUAUUAGAGGGAGGCGUAUUGUUUGUCAUAUUUACAAUAUGUGUUGGUGCUCAUUUGAGAAAAUAAAAUUUUCAAGUACUAAA